CGCAAAUUCUCCUCUUUUGGUCACUUUCAUCCGCAUUCGUCGAUGUAUACAAGCGUCUUUUAAUCUAAUAAUAUAGCUUAAUAAUAACAAAAUUAAUUCCCACAUACCACUGUUUUGCUCCAUACUUGUUUCUUGAAGCUACAUCUAGGCACGCAGCUAUCGGUCAUGUGCUUCCGGGAUGUGGCUACGGUCACUGGCCAAUCACAAAUAAGCAAACGACCUCUACCUACCGCCCUAUUUCCGAAGUAACCAAUAAGGUGAACGACCAGCUGUGGUGCGUUCAUGGUAAUCUCUUCUUUGUAAAACAUUUGACAUGCAAAGUUUCGUCGUUUAACACCAGCUUUUAUUGAGUUUUGCUUUUUGCGAUGUGAUGCGAUAUAAAUUGUUUAUGAGUAAUAGUUGAACUUCGUAUUGUGAGGAAAGUUAUUUUGUAAGCAAGAAUGGCCUAUUAUGACCAAUGCUGUCAUCCGACAGCCCUAUGAUAGCCAUCUAUUUCCUCGCUGAAAUAUUGUUGUAUCGCAGUCAAGAUGGUGCGGGCAUUGUCCCUGAGCGUGGCUGGUUGAUCAGGAGUUUAAAAAAACAAAGUGCCAUGGCAGUGAGAGACAAAAGUGUUUUCACAUGCAGUAUGUGGACGUGGGACCUAAGAGGUUAAAUGCUCCAUUCAUUCCACGUUGUCCUGCUAUAUUCAGUGUAAUACAAAAUCAAACAGACACAAACUGACACAUGUGUUGUAAAGAUCAAACACAUAACUAAUCUCAUUGACUACAUAUUAUAGGUUUGAAAAAAGAAAGACCAGGUGAUAGAGAGAGUGUGUUGAAUUGACAUACUGAAAUAUGAGCAUAAAAAAUAUGGUUAAAAACCCUGUUUACUGCCACCCAGUUAAGGUUACUACUCCACAGGUUUGCCAUACUCCGUUACAGGUAGCAGAGUACAUUAACAUAAAGCCCUCCUCCUGCAGAGGCCUGAUCCAAUAAGCUCAGUUAAAGGCAUGUCCAAGUGGUGUUUACAGUCUGACUGAGCAGAAGUGGGACAGAGUGCACAGAGCACCUGUCACGCCGUCACAUAUAUACGGGCACUGUGUCGCUCCAAUGAGCUACUGUCAGGCAAACCUUUAUGAUACUCCAGAAAGAGCUGUCACGAUGAGGAGAGGCAGGAGUGGUCGCGCUCCCUAUUUGGCGUGGGCAGAGACGCUGCAGGAGGCAGAAACCAUCCAGACACCAGACACAGACGAGUGGGACAGCCAGGUCCCAGUGCAGAGCGAAGAAAACGGGUCUGAAAACGACUUGCUGCAUUCCGGGUGGCUUCCUGAUUUGGUUUCAUUGCCCGGCACUGUGCCUGCAACUGAGGAGGCCUUUUCCAAGUGUGAGCGACUUGAAGACCCGAUUACACCUCUCCAGGUUGUUAGCCAAUACCGAGAGGACGAUAAUGGUUUAGACUGGGUGUGGGAUGAGGGCAACAAGUCCUCUGGAGUCUUCCUCAGCUGUGGCGACCAGAAGGUCAGUUUUCAUUCCGACUACAGCUGCGGCACGGCAGCCAUCCGUGGCACCAAGGAGCUUGCGGAGGGCCAACACUUUUGGGAAGUCAAGAUGACCUCGCCGGUCUAUGGAACUGACAUGAUGAUUGGGAUCGGGACGUCAGAUGUGAACCUGGAGAAGCUCAAGUACAGCUUCGGCAGCCUGCUGGGCCUGGAUGAGGAUAGCUGGGGCCUGUCUUACACAGGCUAUCUUCAACACAAAGGGGACAAAGUAAAGUUGACCUCACGGUUUGGUCAGGGCUCUGUCAUUGGACUGCACUUUGACACGUGGCACGGGACCCUGACAUUCUACAAGAACCAGUACUACUUAGGCAUUGCAGUAAUCCAGCAGCAGAACAAGAAGUUCUUCCCAAUGAUUUGCUCCACAGCAGCCAAGAGCAGCAUGAAGGUGAUCCGUUCCUGCUACACACCCACUUCUCUCCAGUACCUGUGUUGCGUUAAGCUCCGCCAAAUGUUGCCACACUCUCCAGACGUGCUGAAAACACUAGACCUGCCCCCUGGCCUACAUACUCGCCUUCACUUCCAACUGGGCUGGUUCUUCUCUCUGAGCAGUGCUUCUGAACCGCAGGAGCAGCCGGUAUACUAUAUUGCUGACGACCAGAGCGAGGACCUUGGCUGGCCUCCCAGCCCCGAAUCCACUCUAAGUGCCUGCUCCUCUCCAAGUCCCUGUGCCAGUCCCAUCCCUGAGUCUGUUCCUUACGAAUGCACCUGUGAAUUGCCCCAGUUAUUUCCAUGCGCCAUCCACUGCCCCCCCACUCCACCCAGCACCGACUACGACGGCUGGUCUUCUGAAUCCGAUGACCAUCAGUGCAAAAGAGGCCGCUGGGCUUGACUUCAUCACAGUGAAGUCUUUUACAACUCACACUCCUGGACCAUUGCCACUAAGCUUCGCAAUUGAGCUGCGAUCACUCUGUCCACGAUUUACCAGGACAGAUAAGAUGGGCGUACAGAGGAAGCAGACAUUUUUGGGUCAUGCCAGGAAGAAGAAAAACAUAAUGUGUGGCCAAAAAAAAUAAAGGAAAGUUUGCCACAAUAUGUAAAGAAAAAAAUAAAAAAAGUAGCAUAUGACAUGUUAAAACUAAAGGUAUCCAGCUAACUUCAGUUUUUUUGUUACAUUUAAUUGUAAUAUUUUUGCAAAACUGUUUUUUAUUUUAUAUUUAUAAAUAAA